UAGGCCAGUUCAAACUGACUUUAAGAAAAGUCGGUCAGCUUUAUUAAAAACCUCUUUUUCUUCACAGGUGGUUACACGCAGCCUUUGUGCCAUACUGAGAUGUAGGAUUGGACCCUGAGUUUGUUUUCGGUCUGAUCUAACAGAGGAUUUGGAGCCGGAACAUUUUGAAGAUGACUUUCGCCAUGCUGCGGCCUGUGGCGACACACUUGAUCUACUCAGACUUCACCAUCACGUCUGAGGAUGAUGAAAACCGCAGCGAGAGCGACGGCAGCUCGGAGCAAAGUUACUGCGGCUCCACAGUGAAACGAAGGAGGAUUUCGCGCAAACUGGAGGGAGAGCCCCCGGUGGUGGUGAAACAGAGGAGCGCGGCUAACGCCAGGGAGAGAGGCAGGACCCAGAGUGUCAACACCGCGUUCACAGCUCUUCGGACUCUCAUACCCACCGAGCCGGUGGACAGAAAGCUCUCCAAGAUUGAAACGCUCCGACUGGCAUCCAGCUACAUUUCCCAUCUGGCCAACGUGCUCCUGCUCGGAGACGGCGGCGCUGAUGGACAGCCCUGCCUCGGCGCGGUUCAUGCGCAAGGAGAGAGCGGGGCGCAGCAGCCGCGGACCAUCUGCACCUUCUGUUUGAGCAACCAGAGGAAAGGGAUUAAGGAUGGAAAAGACUGUUUAAAAAUGCGAGGGCUGGGUCCGCUGCGAAUGAGACGCUGACUGAAGACCAGUGAAUGAUUAGCAACCUGAAAAUCCUCAAAGACUUUCUCAGGGAAGAGUCAAAGCUGGUGUUACAUAUCACACACACACACACACACACACACACACACACACACACACACACACACAUGCUGGAUCAAAUGAUGGAACCAAAGAAGGGGCUAUUUAUACUUGACUGGGAAAUUUAAGCAUAAGCCUUUCAGAGAUGCAGUGCAUUUGUUUGAAAACUUAUGAGUUCUUGUUCUUUUUUAUUAUUUUUUUUACCCCUCAAAAAGUUUAAAUAAAAUAUAUUUUAUCAAAAUAAAAGCCGUUAUUUUCCUGAUUCCCAGGUUUGUCCUAUGACAAGAAGAAAUACACCAGUGAAAACAAGCUGUCAAACUGAAAGGAGUCAGUCAUGUCAAAAUAUAUUUCAGAUUGUGGUGAUGGGUAGGACACUGUUGUAAAACUAAAUACAUGCAGAGGUAAUGGCUGAAACUGGCAAUAGAAAAUUAAUUUUUAUUUUUAUUUUAUUUUAAAGGGUGCUUUUAUUGUACAAAAAAAAGCUCAACUGCAGUUUGGAAAAUUACAUAAAUGACAAAAUUGAAAUUGAAUUUCUAAGGAAGAAAGAAGAAACUUUAUUUGUUUGACACCUAAAUGCUGAAUUAACAAACUAUAUUUAUCCUCAGCUCCUUUUGCAAUAUAUUUUUUUUAUGACCGAUUUAGUGGUAUUGAAUGUCUUUAUGGAAAUAUGUCUGAAACACACACACACUUUCCACUGUUUCCAGUAACGUUGCCAGGACGGUGUUUAUGAAACCCACAGAGCCUCAGCAAAGGUUCAAGGUUUCUGGUGUCAGUGACUGGUGUAUUCUUUUCCAGAACUCACGAUUGGUGUUUUUUUGAAGUCUGUUAUCGAUUAGUCACGGCAAAUAGUAGCCCACACUCUGCUCGGAGCCCCCAACACAGCUGUUGGUAUGUCAGAGGGAUAAAUCACUGCUGUGGGCCCAAUGGACGGGGAGAGAUGGGGUGAGAGGUCAGAGGUCACGGUGGAGCGCAGAAGCGGAGCCCUGCUGACGUGUAAUCAUGUCAAAUGACGCAAAUAUAAUGUCGAUCCCAAAAAUAACUUCCUGUGAUUUUACUUUUUUUUUUUUAUGAGUGGAUUAGUUCACGUGUCAGCACAUGUUGAGGACUCACCCUGAAUCUGAUACUCAGGCUGUUAACCACCACUGUCAUCAUAGUAGAAUUUUACUGUCUUAUUUAUUUUCUUACAAUCAGCUGCAAAUAUUUGUUGAUUUUAUAGUUUCAUAUUCUUUUGCAACACGGUCACUGCAACACUGUUAAAUUCAGAUCUCUUUCAUUGCAACCCAACCAGCAGAAUAAAUGUUGGCUUUGUACGUUUCUGCAAUC